CCCCUUACCCGACUUAUACUCUCUCUUUGUCUCCAUUCCUCAUUCCUUCCUUCAAUUCCUUCCUUCUUUAUCUCUACAUAUUCAUCAAUCAACGUAAGGAUUUCCGAAACAUUCUACGUGAUUAUUGUUGAUGUUUUGCUAGCUAGAUAAUCACUCCAUAAGUUAACGUCAGGAUUUCCGAAACCGACGCGGACCUUACUUUACUGGCGGGAGGAAUUGAUCGAUCAAAUCUCCGAUCUGGUUGACCGUCGUAGAUUCGUCGGAAGAGGAUAAUCGAUCGGCCGGCGGUGAUCGACGAUGUUGACGUGUAUCACGUGUAAGCAAAAGAUCGACGAUGAUGGAGGGGAGGAGGGCCCACGAGGGACGCCCCGAUCGAAGGACUCCGUCAAAAGCCUGACGGCGCAGAUAAAGGAUAUAGCCUUGAAGGUGUCAGGUGCCUACAAAUGCAAGUCCAGCACACCAACGUACACCAAAGGAGGGCAUUACAGGCCAUACCCGGACCUGGAUACAAUCUCAGAGGGGGUCCCACACCCCUUCCAUCCCUCAAGCUCAAGCUCCACACCUGCUUGGGACUACACUAAAACUGGAUUCCAGAACUCGAAGAUGUCCAUUGGGGGUGAGUCUGGAGUUGGGCUUGAAGAUGACAGUGAGCCCAAGGAGUGGAUAGCCCAGGUGGAGCCCGGUGUCCAGAUCACUUUCCUCUCUCUUCAAGGCGGCGGCAAUGAUCUCAAACGAAUCCGUUUCAGCCGGGACAUGUUUGACAAAUGGCAAGCACAGAGAUGGUGGGGUGAGAAUUAUGACAAAAUUAUGGAGCUUUACAAUGUCCAGAGAUUCAAUCAGCAAGCAUUUGAAACUCCUGCCCGUACUGAGGAUGGGAGAGAUUCAACAUAUUCUCGGCUGGGAUUGGUGAGGGAGAGCCCGAUGAUGACUCCGGGGACAGCGCAGAGGAACUACUACAAAGCCGGAGCAGGAGGAUACGGCGGAAACACCAUGGAUUCGUCCCGAACCACCACGGACUCGAGAGAGGAAGCUUCCAUUUCCGUCAGCAAUGCGAGCGAGAUGGAUUCAGAAUGGGUGGAAGAAGACGAGCCCGGAGUUUACGUCACCAUCCGUCAGCUCGCCGACGGCACUCGUGAGCUCCGCCGUGUCAGAUUCAGCCGAGAACAAUUUGGGGAGGUAAAUGCCAAGGCUUGGUGGGAACAGAACAGGGAUAGGAUACAAGCAACAUACCUUUAGGACUACUACUACUUCAAAAAUACAAAAACAAGAAAGCUUCUGAGUUCUACCAAAAGGUAGUUAAUCAAGCCCUCUAUCACACAUUUGGAACAUUAGAGGGAUACAUAUGGUGAGAAACUUGGUAUGAGACAGACAGAGAUGUAAAAACUAAUUCGUAAUUUAAAAGCUUCUUUCGGUGUUCUUUUAUGUUUUUAGUUAAUUUUAUUCCUAAUGCCUAGCGCGAUAUCUAAAUCUUAGAUUUCGCGCUAAACAUUAUGGAGAAAGAGUAACUAAAAACAUGGAAGGUAACGAAAAGAAACUCUAUUUUAUUUUUUAUGUCGGUUCCUCGUGUCAUAGUAACACUCCCGGCAUGGCGUGGCAUAGCGGGGUGUGGCCUAUUUUGCCUUUCUUGUUAUAUUUAUUGAUUGCUAUAUCAAACUAAACUAGACUACUUACUGCUUACUUGCGUACAUGUAAUUACAUUAUGACUUCGAGAACAGAAAAAGAAAGACUAGAAUUUCUUUAGGGCCUUGUUUUGCUUUUAUUGGUAUGUGGAUCUUUAGCUCAUUCCUCUCUUUUUUAUUGGGUAAACCUAUUAAGGCUAUUAUUCACAGA